AUGGUCAUCAAAUAUAUGAUAGUCUUGCUUUUUCUCAUCUUUCGCUACUCAUCAUCAGCAACGGUUACAUACAAUGUCGUCAGUCUUGGAGCCAAAGCUGACGGGCGUUCAGAUACGAGAAACGCGUUCUUGAAAGCAUGGAAUUUGGCUUGUGCGUCCACUAGUCCUGCUAUCAUCUAUGUGCCAAGUGGCAGGUACUUGAUCGCGUCUGCAGUCACGUUCUCUGGUCAAAGAUGUCUGAGCAAAGCAAUCAAGUUUAACAUAUAUGGUACCUUGGUGGCUCCCUCUAGUUACAAUGCUAUUGGCAACUCCGAAGUCUGGAUUAAGUUAUACAGAGUUAACCAUGUUACCAUAUCCGGUGGAACUCUUGAUGCUCAAGGUUCUUCUCUUUGGGCUUGCAAAUCCUCUGGAAAAGCAUGUCCUAAAGGUGCUACGACACUGGGCAUCUACCAUUCCCAAAACAUAGUGAUCAGUAAGUUAAGAUCAUUAAACAGCCAAAUGUUUCACAUCCUGCUCUAUGCAUGCACCAAUGCCAAACUACAAGGAGUGAGCAUCUUAGCCUCUGGCACCAGCCCGAACACAGAUGGGAUCCAUUUAUCAGCUUCCACAGGCAUCACCAUCCUGAACUCGAAGAUCUCGACAGGGGAUGACUGCAUCUCCAUCGGGCCAGGAAAUUCUAAUAUUUGGAUAGAGAAGGCGGUAUGUGGCCCUGGUCAUGGCAUAAGCAUUGGGAGUCUAGGGUGGGAAUUGGAAGAAGCAGGUGUCCAGAAUGUAACAGUUAAGACUGCAACAUUUAUAGGCACUCAGAAUGGUCUGAGGAUAAAGGCAUGGGCUAGGCGUAGUAAUGGGUUUGUGAAGAAUGUUGUUUUCCAGCAAGCAACAAUGGUGAACGUGAGAUACCCAAUCAUAAUAGACGGAAAUUACUGCCCAAACAAUGAUAAUUGCCCCAACCAGGUUGCUGGAAUUAAAAUCAGCAACGUCAUGUAUCAGGAUGUGCACGGAACAUCAGCAACACAAGUAGCAGUGAAAUUUGACUGUAGCAAGGGAAACCCGUGUAGUGGAAUCAGAUUAAGGGAUGUUAACCUUAUUCAUGCUGGUCAACCAGCAGUUUCAUCUUGCUCCUAUGCUGCUGGUACUGCUUCUGGAUUACUUCUACCGUCAAGCUGUCUCUAA